GCUGGGUGCCAUUGCAGCCUACAAUACUUUAAAGGAUCUGCAGCGCGACUCGAAGACAUUCUCAGAUUCGGGGUCGCUCUCGCUUUAUAUAGCGUGCGGUCUGCACCUCGAGCCGAGAUGCAGCUACACGCGUGCUACGUGUGUAGAAAGCGGGGUUAACCUUGGGUACCGCGCCGUUCGUUCGCGACGCCGGGUGGAUCUCGUCUGACCUCAACCUCACUGCCUCGUUUCCAAGUCGCAGACCGCGUGCGGUUGCGAGCUUUGACCACCAGCCGUCUCACGGAUCGAAGCGCUGCACAUUGACACGGGGAAGGAGGCACGAUGCGCGCGAGGACCAUGGCCCGGGUGCUUCUAUAUUCAGCACUCAGACAGCCCCGCCAUGGUAUGCACUCAAGACGACGAACUGCCCGAUGUUGCUGAUCAGAGGUAUUCGGUGGUCGACGUCGAGUAUUGGGUACGUGAAUGUCUCCAGCUCCAGCACACAACGCCACCUCGCUCACCAGAUCUCACUACAGGCAACAGACGCGCAUGCUGGUAUCGGAGUAAACCCUACGGAUGGAUUUCUGUACUUCCUUGACCGCACAAGCGCUGCAAAAUCAGCCAAGUGGUUGUGGCAGCGCGCUCCUGUUGCGAACGAAUUGCCAGGGUUGAGAUCAUCGUCUGGCAUCGCAUUCGCCUUCUGCAACAGAGUGGUAUCUGCUGCGACUGUGACGAACCUCAAGUACAUCAUGUCAUGCCAGAUCGUCAACGAGCACACGGAGGAGACCAUCAAACGCGCACUUGCAUCCGUAAGUGCUGGAGAUAUCAAAGCUUGGCCAGGCACCGACUUUGACUUUGCCUUCGGUGUGAACAAGGGCGAGGGGAUCGAAGCGGCUCUGGCGUUCUUAGGUACGUCCUCAGAUGUUUUACAGGUGCUGCGACUGACUCUAACAGGCUCACCCAAUGGUCUCGCGGCCGAAUACUUUUUGAUCCAACACAAGCAGCAACUGAACUGGAAGCACACUUGGAAGAUCAAGGUCUUGGAGUCAUCAGACGGGCUCCCAUAUAUCCUGUUCUGUGUCAUAGACCAAGCGCCUUGGAAAGGACCUGUUUCCAACAUCGCAUCACAAUUGCAGAAGCCCCAUAGCAAGUCCUGCCGGAAUCGCAGUCAGGGCGUAGCAUCGAGGAAGAGCAAGGAGCGCAAGACCAGGAAGAGCAAGGAGCGCAAGACCAGGAAGAGCAAGGAGCGCAAGACCAGGAAGAGCAAGGAGCGCAAGACUAGGAAGAGCAAGAAGGUACAGGGGAAACAUGCGCCGCGGCCUCAGGUACGUCUGAGGGUUUGUGAUGCCGUAGAGAUCGUUGUUCAAGAGGGGUGCCUACAAAGUGCUUUGUUAGACUCGAGAUGCUUGCCCCUUUCACUCAGUGACUGCCUUCACUUCUUAGACAUGCAACCGCACAUUUAUUAGCUCGCCGUACCGCCGCGCGAAAACGUUUCGUUGCGCUGCCGAUGGCACACUGACCUUGGACGCGCUGCACCGUCUCAACCCCACGUGUCCGCUUCGGUCCUCCAAAUCGACAAGGGAAGGAGCACUGAGCGCCACCAUGAGAUCUCUCGCGACGGUCACGUUCAUAGUCUGCAUUACAUCUGCAGCUAGCCGUGCUAUUCGAGCACCCUAUCGACCGGCCACUUUCACUACAUUGAGUCUUCUGCCCACACUGAA